AUGGCUCUUCUCGACACAGAUGGAAGUCCUGCCGUCGUGGGCAAGAGUGUGGGCUACUGGCUGGAUUGCUCAGACUUUGUCUUCGGAGGCCAAGACCACGAGGAAGAUGACAUCAUGGAAGUGGGUCCGCAUACAUUCCCUCGGGAUUGGCCAGAUGUCUACUCAGAAAGUGAUGCCCUGCGGGCGCUUCUGCGACGCCGCGGGCCUUGCGCCUCGAAGCGUGUAAGUGUUGUCCCACUUCCAGAGGAGGAGCAUCUCUCCUGGGCAGAUGGGCUGGAAGUGUGGCCUUUGCAGAGCCGACGCAAUGCAGAGGCGGCUGCGGCUCAUGCUGGCCUGGCACUGGUGGAAGGCUGGGCCAUCUAUGAUCUCCUUGAUGACGUGACUGGUGCAGCUUUUGUGGCGGAGAGGUACUGGUGGAAUGCCACGGACGAUGGAACUUGGGUGGAUUUCAGCCCAAGGCCUGAGAACAUGGAGCAACUGCUGCUGGCUGAGGCCUUGGUGCCAGCCGAAGCUCGAGAGGCGACCGUCCUGACGGUGGAAGCGCAGGACUUGGCCGAACAUCUGGCGAAGCUCCGCUUUCCGAAGGCACGACGUGCGGGCCGGCGCUCUUGGCGUGUUGCGGCACCGGAGCCAGGCUCGCCGGGAAAGCAUUCCUCCGUAGGUGCUGGGAUGACCGCCGGUGACACACAGGUCUCGGAAGGUGUCGAGGCAGAGCUGGAAACUGAGGUCUGCGGGAAACCAGAAGAAGCCUCAUCUUUCCAAGCAGAUCGGGCUCUGCACGAGGUUGUCCGAUCCUCGGCGGAAGAAGCCACUGCUGCACUCCCGGUGCCUAUGCCUCUGAAAAUGGAGGCGGAGCAGGUGGAGAGGGCAGCAAAGACUCCACCUCUCUCUGCGGAGGAGUCCCGGACCAUCCUGAAGCGAAUCAGGGAAUGCGACCUGCCUGCCAUCGCCGAAGCCGCCGAAAGAGCUGAGGACGAUGACUCAUGCAUCCGGUUGAUCACCACAGGCCUGUCUGGUGCGCUGGUACAGCCAUUGCGGCGUGGUGCUACUGCCGCCUUGGCACUCUUGGCGCAGGUCGCGCGCAGGUCCAUGGAAAUGGCUGCUGGAGGAGCACAGCACAAGACUGUGGCCGAGUCGCUGAUGACUGCAGACGGGCUCCAGCCGUUGGUGGAUGCGAUCACAUCGCCGGACAUCCGCAAAGCAAGCCUCGCCGCCGAAGCGCUCGGCUGCAUUUGCUAUCGGCACCCGGUGGUACAGGCACGUGCCGGCAGAGCUGGAGCAAUCAGGUCACUUGUUCGUCUGCUUGGGCGGCGUGCCGAGGGAGCUGCCCGAGAGGCUGCCUAUGCGCUGUGGAACAUCCAGGUCGGUCAGCGGGAUCAUGCCGCCACUGCUUUCCGAGAGGGCGCCGCCGCCGUUUUGCUGCCAAUCCUUUCAGCCACACUAGCCGAUGAGGUGCUUAUCAAUGCGCUGGGCGCCCUGACAUCCUUGCUGUUGGCCGCAGGCGCCCAGGAGGCCAUCGGUGCAAACGGCGCUGUGGAGGUGCUGUGUGGCUACCUCGAGGAUGACCAUUCCCUUGCCGUCCGCGAGCGCGCUCUUGCGGCCCUGGCCAAUCUGCUCAGUGGCCAUGGGGAGAACUGCCGGAAGGCAGUCUACCGAGCCAUGGCCAUACCUCGCCUGAUGCGCUUCCUGGAAGUGUCUCCCGAGGGCGAGCCUCCAAGUCUUCUCGGUGCGGAAAACGCCGCAGCCGCCUUGGCCAACAUCGUAGCCACUACGGGGCCGAUGGCCGGGCCGCCCAGCAGGGUCACAGGUUCCCCGGCAUCCACCUCCAUGACGGACCCACGUUCGACCUAUGCAGUCAUCGUGAUGCUGUUCUUUCAAGCCCUGCCAUGCCUGGACCAUGUCAAGAGUCUCGCGAGCAAAGCACAGCUUGGCGUCUUGGGCUGUAUCGCACGUGCGUAUGAGGCCCCUCUUUAUGCCAUCCUCCCACCCUGGGAUGAAACUCUCGUGGACAAUGCCGAUGAGGCCGGCUGGAAGGGCUCGGCAGUUUGGGCCUCGGAGGUUAUGCUUGGCGACCAGAGCCUGACAUGGGGAGCAAAGCAGCAGCAGAACAACUUCGUUGGCACUAAUCUCGACGAUGGCGGCGAGAACUCGCCCAUCGUGGAGUCAGUGUCACCUACUCAGGGAGAAGUCAGGCUGCAAAAAGUCGAGCCCUCAACGCCGCACCUGGGCUUCCAGGGCCUGGCGCCUCAAAAGAAAGCUUUCUACGACGCAUCGCAGCUGGAGCUUCUGGAAGAUCUCGAUCUCCAGGAUGUUGACAAGAAGCACAAGGUUGUCUUCCAACAGCUCGUGUCACAGAUUCUCACGAUCAACAGGUCCUUUACCACGGGCAUCCGAAGAAGCGACCUCAAAGAAUGGCACGAGAUGUCCAAGUUCAGGCCAGCCACCUCAGAGGAUCACCAACACUUCGUCGGCCAGGUCCUGUCGAACGCGCAGCUCAUGGCCCAGUCUUCCCGAACCAUGCGUGCCGUGCACGAGAGCCUCCUGAUCGGUGCAGAGGAACUCAAUGAGAAGCCCUUGGAUCGAGUUCAGCUUUUGAGCUUUCUGGCCAAGGCGGUCCACGACACGAAGCUUUGCACGGCCCACCUUUGUUGGCAUGACUUCGUGAAGCCACUGCGAGAGCACAAGAAAGAGUUGGAGCUAGGCCUCCAGCGGCUACGGACGCAAGUGCGGAUGACCCGGGAGACCUACUUGAAGGAAGUGUCGGCACUGCGAGAUCACGCUCGGUCUCGCUGGGAUCCGAUGGACGGCUUUGCCGAUGUGGUGCUUUUCUAUGAGCCCCUACAGAGCUUGGAGCCCGAGGAGAAGACCUUCAUGGCGGAGAUGGUCAGGGAGGUCAUCAAAAGCCUGGUGGAUGUGAACCCCGAGUUCGCGAGGAUUGUCAAUUCGGGCCAGAUAGAUCGGCUGAUCUCCGAGGCGCACCAGAAAGAGCUGGAUGACCUCCAGCAGAAGCUUGAUCAGAAGUCCGCGAGGGUGAAGGAGCUCCUGGAGGUGAAGCAGUACCUCGAGAGCCAGAUGGCCAAAGGAGGCAAGAUGGCUGCACCAGACAACAGCGUCCUAGUGAAGUACGAGCAGAUGAUGCGACUGAUGGAGGACCAACUCGGUUGCUUGCGGGUGGAUUUCUGGAACAUGCAGCAGGACCACCAAAAGCUCCAGCAAGAGCAGCAGCAGGCCGACGCAGAGCGUGCGGAGCUGGCCCUAAAGCUGGAGAAGGAGCAGGCUGAGAAUCAAGUCCUCCAGGAGGAGGUUACCCGCCUCUGCGGCGUCGAAGAGGACUUCAAGGACACCAUCCAGCGAAUGGAGAUCGAGAAAAGCAACCUGAAGCACAGCGUCCACGAGCUGCAGACCAGGGCGACGCACCUCAACCGAGCGCUUCAGCGACGCGCGCAUCGAACUCCCGAGGCGCCCGAGCACGCUGGCCAGGAGGAGGCGGAGGAGCACGAUUUGGUACUACCGUCUGUGGUCGAGUCGGGCUUCGAGGCCACCCGGGGCGCGGAGCGAGAGUCAGAGCUCAUGCGCGAGCGUGAUGCGGCGAUCCGGGCCAGGGAUCAGCUGCAAGCGCGCUGCGCGGAUCUCGAGAAGCUGCUCCGUGCGCACGCCGCCCAGCUCUCGACUCUCCCUGCGCAGCGUUUGGAGGAAUCUGCGGAGGAGUUGUCUCAGCAGGCCCAAAACCUCGGUUGUUCGCCAAGCUUGGUCGAGAAGGUCCGCGUUUGCCAGUGUGGGAACGUGCUGAUGCAAGACGCGCACUUCUGCCGGAAGUGUGGGGGCAAGUGGGAAGGAGGUGCGCCGCCCGUCUCGGCAAGCUCUCAGACCACUGCAGCGCAGAUCGUUGGCCUGGACUCGCAGAUACACGAACUGGAGCAGGCGCUUGGCGAGACAACUCGUGAGCUUGGUGAGAGCCGCGGGAUGGAGGCCUUCCGCACAGAGAGUGUGGCUGGGAUCUCGCAGAGUAUCUCACAUCUCCUGCGGCCCAAGACCUUCACGACGGUAGAGGACCUGCCGGCGGAGCCCGAGGUUCAGAAGCAGAGGGUUGAAACCCUGCGUCUGAGGAAAGAGCUGGACGACUUGAAGCAGAGUAAACUGCAAGCCGAAGCACGCUUGCUCUCCCAACGUGUCGAGGAGCUGUCGAGGAUGGGAUCGCUUCCGAUGGACUUGGGCGAGGAACCCCUCGCGCACCAUGACUUGGUCGCAGGGGAUCCGGUGAUCCACGGCUGUGACGGCGUAAACUGCAAAUACAGGCGUGAGGCCGAAGCUGCCAAGGAGAUGAUCAAAGCACUCCGAGCGCUGGCCGCACAGUUGGCGGAGAAGCUGAAGCUGGCCACAGGCGAGCACAUGCAGAUGUCCAUGGCCCUGACGACCAUGCAGGGAUCCUUGGAGGCAGCUGUGCAGGAAGUGGAGCGAGACGUCCGGGAUGUGGAGCUCGGCCAAGAGGUCGACCUGCAGCAAACACUAGGCAGAGUCAGCACCUCCUUGCAAGAGACGAAGAGGAGAUCUGUCUUCUGGAGGCUCUACCAGAACCGAGGCAGAGGACGACGCAGCCAUCGGCAAACGGGCAGCAAUUCCACUUCGCAAACAGAUGGCAGGCAGGACCCCGACGUGCGGGACGGACGCAGCCGUCGGUUGGAUUUGCUUCAGCAGACGUACGAACAGCUGUACAAGGUACAUCGCCCCUUCCACCUCGGCGAAAUUGCGCUGCAGUUCGGGGGCCCGACGCCUAUUUUGGUGAGGGAAAAAGCGGAGUUGGUAACGCCGCCGCCGCCAAUGCCUGCUCUCCCUGAGCGAGCAUUUCUGAAACAUGCUGAUGCGCGGAGGAGCACGCUGCCAGCCGUUACUCCGCGUGCGGAGAAGCCUGCCGAGAAGGUGCCGGCGGUGGCGGAAAAGUCGAAGGGUGCUUCUCUCAUCGUUCUGGGAGCAGACUUUCCGAAGCCCCCGGCGACACCGGAGCCUCCAAAGAGCUGGAGCCAACGACGGCGCAGGUAG